AUGAAUUUAGAUUCGCUGCCACGGCCCGAAACAAUUCACGUCACAGCUCCUGGAGCUACAACUCGUCCAUCGCAAACUAUGCCGCAAAGAUCGCCAUUUGCCAUCCAGGAAUUGCUCGGAUUGAGUGAUAAUUCUCGACCUAGUGGCGUUGUGUCUGCUGUUACGCCAACACUUUAUUCCAGCGUAGGACAAUCACCGUUCUCAGCAGAUCCCCAUCAAAUGCAGAUGGCUGCUUCGCGGAUGGCCUAUUUUAAUGCCCAUGCAGCCGUCGCAGCUGCCUUCUUGCCGCACAAUAUGGCUGCUAGUGCUGCAGGAGGUCCGCUGCAACUGCAUCCUCAAAGUACGGCUGGUUUUCCACAUUUGAAGACUUCCUUCGGAUCAGCCACUAGUCCUUGCUUACCAGGUGGUGUCGAUACCAGUAAAGAUUAUUCUUUAGAUAAUAUCAAUGGAUAUGGAAAGAAGAAGAAAAAAAAGCGAAGACACAGUCGAACAAUAUUCACCAGUUACCAGCUAGACGAGUUAGAAAAGGCCUUCAAGGAAGCUCACUACCCUGACGUGUAUGCCAGAGAAAUGUUGUCACUAAAAACAGAUCUUCCAGAAGAUAGAAUACAAGUGUGGUUCCAAAAUCGUAGAGCCAAAUGGCGUAAGACUGAAAAGUGCUGGGGCCGAAGUACUAUUAUGGCCGAAUACGGACUCUAUGGUGCUAUGGUUAGGCAUUCACUGCCGUUGCCAGAAACUAUCCUCAAAUCAGCCAAGGAAAACGAAUCUGUUGCGCCAUGGCUUCUAGGUAUGGAGAUGAAAAGUAUGCACAAAAAAUCAUUGGAAGCCGCUGAAACACUGAAAAACUCAGAAGACAAUAGUGAUCGAGAAGAAACACGAACAGAAGCCAGUGACAUCAGUGCGGGGUCAAGUUUGAACAAUCAUGGAAUGUCUCCUGUAAAAUCUCCAGGACUAGUUCCACUGGGGAGUACGAAUAUAGGAAGCAGCACUAAUAACAGUAAUAACCAAAGUUCCAGUCCUGAUGGCAGUAACGUUCAUAAUGCUCAUCAUAGUUCAAAUACUUCAACGAAUGCGAUGUCGCAUCUGUCGCCAACGUCAGUUCAUUCUCCAAUCAAUAGCUCUUCAACCACGUCGAUAUCUCCUCCUCCAGCAACAUCCGCGCGACAGCGAACAUCUCCAUUAGUAGCGUUAACUGGUCAGGUUCAAUCCGGUACGCUAACAAAUCUGCAUCACCAUCACUCUCAUUCGACGCAUCAUCAUAGUCCUGUAGACAACAAAGAAUUUAAGCUUACUAGUAGUAGUCCAACUGGAAAUAGUUACCACCCUGAAAACGACCCUGAAGCGUUUAGGUGGGUUGACUACCGAGAUCCUGUUUCGUAUAUACGGAAUAAUUCCAUUGCUUGUCUGCGAGCAAAAGCUCAAGAACACCAAGCCAGGCUACUAAACAGCGGUCUUCUGCUUCAAGUUCGUUCACUGGCAGGUUUACAAAAUCCAGUGCAUCACAAUAGUAUGUCUGAAAUUAGUGGCGUUGGGAACGGUGGUGCCAACAAUAUCCACCAUUGUGACCCAAACGGAAAUAACCUGCUUCUUGCAAGUUCCUCCCACUCUUCAUCCCAGGAAAAUCUAAAUGUAGCAGCCAUAGAGCGGCAGCGCUCGGAGGCCAAUAGUAGCAAUGGAUCCGCUAUUUCUGUAAAAGGCCGAAGUAACAGUCCAAAUGUUGCUACCUUUUGA